AUGAAACUAGGCCGUAUUAGUAUUGGCUUCCCACACUCUAAUAUGAGGAAAACACUAGCCUCAUCUAUGACUUUUCGAGAUUUCUGUAAACAACUUUCUCCUAAACAAGGAGACCAAGCACAAAUUGACUCAAUAGAAACUAGCUCAGAAAGCGAAUCAAUUUCUACAGAAAGAUCACCAAUAAAGUCUAAAAGAAACCCUAUAAUCCAUCUUGACCAUUCUAGUAGCAUCAGUUUUCAAUUUAACUCACAAAAUAACUUUGAAAUAACUAGACAGAACUUAGAGAAGCUAAAAAAUUUCUUUUUAAAAAAUAAGCCAGACAGCGACAAAGAAAAAACAAUUUUUUUCAUUCCUUACUCCGCCUCCGUGAGCGAACAAAACCAUUAGAAAAAUCAUUAUUUUUUGACCAAAAACCCACCCUCAUGAGCGAACAAAAAUUUUUUAUGAAAAAAAAAUUAUAUAUAAUUGAUAAUUUUUAUAAUGAAAUCAUUAGCUGAUUCUGUUUAAUUUUAAGCCAAUUCCGUUUUAAAACAUAAAUUUUAUAAAUUAAAUUAUAUUUGCUUUCCAAUUUUUGCAAAUUAGGAUUUUUUUUAAAAUUUCGAAAAAAAUUAACGCCCUCCAUGAGCGAACAAGGGGGGAGUUAAGAAAAAUUGCCAAAAUUUAAUCAGUGUUAUUGAUAAUAAAGAAAAAGUUGACCUAGAAAUCAUUGAAGAUUCUAUUAAUGAUGCAAUAGCUCAAGCAUCAUUAUCUCUAAGAGUCCAAGCUAAAAAAUUAAAAACCAUUUGCCAAGAAUUAAGGACUAUAUUAGCUGACGCUCGAGUAAAGCAAAAGAAAAGAGAAAUCAGCAGAACAAGACCUCCAUUAAAGAAUUCCAAAGAAACUCCUAUAAAGGAUUCAUUAGUUAAAACAAUGGAAAUUUAUAAAAAUGAUAACAGGAUAAAUCGCUCUUAUAGAAAAGAAAAAGAGUCAUUUUCUGGUCUUCCAGAAGAAUCUACGAUUGAAGAUUCCCCAGACCCUGAAAAACAACGACUUUUCUAUUCAAUUGUGAUAAAAACCAAGCUGAAAUAUGGCUCAAAAGAUCCAUGCCAAAAAAUAAACCUAUUAAUUAAAAACUAAUCCCAUUUUUUUUUACUUAUUUAAAUAUUAAAUUCAUCUAAAAUCAAUAUAUCUAUUUCCCGAUUAUAUGAAAAAGCAAAGAAAGCUAGCAUAAAAGAAGACCAAUGGAAUGAAUUUAUAGAAAAGCAAUUAAAAACUCCUGUUGUAUUUUCUGAUUUACAGUCGCCAAAGGUGAUAAAAAGAUGCAAAUCAAAUGCAUCAAGAAGUUUAAAUUUAUAG